UAUGUGUUCAAGACCAAGUCAUGUGAAGAAAGGACUGUUCAUGAGGAGCUUGCUACGAAUGUGACUGGCCUUUUGAAAUCAAAUGAUCAAGUAACAGUGAAACAUGUUUUAAAGCAUUCCUGGUUCUUCUUUGCAAUUAUCUUAAAAUCAGUGGCACAAUACUUGGUUGAUACAAACAGAACACAGAUUCCUCGAACACAGAGAUUUCCAGAAUCAUUCCAGACGGAACUAGACACACUGGUAAUGGUCUUAUCUGACCAUGUUAUUUGGAAACACAAAGAUGCUUCUGAAGAAACAAAAAAUGCAAACCACAGUAUUGCUAGAUUUCUUAAGCACUGUUUUACAUUUAUGGAUCGUGGAUUUGUAUUGAAGUUGGUCAACAACUAUGUAAACAUGUUCAGCCCCGGGGAUCACAAGAUUUUAUAUCAGUACAAAUUUGACUUUCUUCAAGAAGUUUGCCACCAUGAGCACUUUAUUCCUCUGUGCCUGCCCAUACGAUCUGCAAACAUUCCAGAUCCUGUGACACCUUCAGAAUCAACGCAGGAAUAUCAUGCAUCAGAGAUUCCAGAAUACACCCUGACCAAUGAAUUUUGCCAUAAACAUUUUUUAAUUGGGUUACUGCUUCGGGAGGUUGGCUUUGCCCUGCAAGAAGACCAGGAUAUUAGGCACUUAGCUUUGGCUGUGCUUAAAAACCUAAUGGCAAAACAUUCAUUUGAUGAUCGAUAUGCAGGCCAGGAUAAACAGGCUCAAAUAGCAAAUCUGUACAUGCCCCUGUAUGGCAUGCUUUUGGACAAUAUGCCAAGGAUUUAUAUGAAGGAUAUGUUUAUUUUCAAUAUAAAUACAUCCAAUCAGGGAUCUAGGGAUGACUUGAGCACUGCAGGAGGAUUUCAGAGUCAAACAACAAUGAAACAUGCAAACUCUGUGGAUACGUCUUUCUCCAAAGAUGUCCUGAACUCUAUAGCAGCCUUUUCAUCAAUAGCUAUCUCUGCAGCAAACCAUGCUGACUCCAGAGCUUCCAUAGCAAGUCUUGACUCUAACCCAAGUACCAAUGAAAAAACCAGUGAGAGAACGGAGGCCUGUGAAAAGAUUGUGAGGCCUUUGUCUUUGAUCGGAUCAGCUCUCCGCUUUGACAAGUUAGAUCAGGCUGAAACUAGAAGCCUUCUUAUGUGUUUCCUUCACAUUAUGAAAACAAUUUCGGAAGAUACGCUGAUUUCCUACUGGCAAAGAGCUCCAUUCACAGAGAUAGCUGACUUUUUCAACCUUUUAGAGGUUUGCCUGCAAAAUUUCAGAUAUAUAGGAAAACGAAACAUAAUCAGGAAAAUUGCUGCUGCAUUUAAAUUUGCUCAGGCCACCCAGAAUAAUGGAACUCUUAAAGGGUCUAACUCAUCUUGCCAAACAUCUGGUCUGUUGCCGCAAUGGAUGCUUUCUACUUCCAGUCAUGAUGGCCACAAACAUCACAGAUCUCAAACGCUACCAAUAAUCCGUGGCAAAAAUGCAUUUUCCAACCCCAAACUCUUACAAAUGAUAGACAGCAGCAUGGCAAGCAGUUCCAAUGAAACAGACAUUGUACAUUAUGCAGACACAGAGGCAAAUAUUGCCACAGAGGUUUGCCUCACCAUUCUGGACCUACUGUGUCUUUUCACUGAGAACUACCAGAGACAACUGCAGCAAUCUGACUGCCAAAAUCCAUUGAUGAAAAAGGUUUUUGAUACCUACCUGCUCUUUUUGCAAGUCAACCAGUCGGCAAUAGCCCUCAAGCAUGUCUUUGCCGCCCUGCGGUUGUUUGUGAGCAAGUUUCCUUCAGCGUUUUUUCAAGGGCAAGCAGAGAUGUGUGGAUCGUUCUGCUAUGAAAUCCUGAAAUGUUGUAACCAUAGGUCACGAUCAACUCAGACAGAGGCAUCUGCUCUUCUUUAUUUUUUCAUGAGAAAGAACUUUGAAUUUAACAAGCAGAAGUCAAUAGUCAGGUCCCAUCUACAGCUCAUCAAAGCUGUAAGCCAGUUGAUUGCAGAUGCAGGGAUUGGUGGAUCUCGGUUUCAGCAUUCACUUGCAAUUAUAAAUAAUUUCGCUAAUGGAGACAAACAGAUGAAAAACAGUCAUUUUCCAGCAGAGGUGAAAGACCUGACCAAACGCAUCAGGACAGUUUUAAUGGCCACAGCUCAGAUGAAGGAGCAUGAGAAAGACCCAGAGAUGCUUGUAGACCUGCAGUACAGUCUAGCAAACUCAUAUGCCAGUACACCUGAAUUACGAAGGACUUGGCUUGAGAGCAUGGCCAAGAUUCAUGCUAGGAAUGGAGAUUUAUCAGAGGCUGCUAUGUGCUAUAUCCAUAUAGCUGCCCUUAUUGCAGAAUACCUGAAAAGAAAGGGUUACUGGAAAAUGGAAAAGAUUUGUACCUCACGUAUGUUCCUGGAGGAUGCUCAAGUUUCUGAUAGUAAUCUGUUACUAACUACUCACACUGGAGGAAGCUUAUUUUCCAUGGGAUGGCCAGCUUUUCUAAAUAUUACCCCAAACAUUAAAGAAGAAGGAGCUAUGAAAGAAGAUUCUGGAAUGCAAGAUACUCCAUAUAAUGAGAAUAUCCUUGUGGAGCAGCUGGAGUUAUGUGUUGAUAACCUGUGGAAGUCUGAAAGAUACGAACUGAUUGCUGAAGUUAACAAGCCUAUCAUUGCUGUAUUUGAGAAACAAAGAGAUUUUAAAAGACUGUCUGAUCUGUAUUAUGACAUCCACCGAUCAUAUCUGAAGGUCGCAGAAGUAGUAAAUUCUGAGAAACGUUUGUUUGGGCGAUACUAUCGCGUUGCCUUUUAUGGGCAGGCUGUGGGCUUUUUUGAAGAAGAGGAAGGUAAAGAGUAUAUUUAUAAAGAGCCCAAGUUAACAGGGCUGUCUGAGAUCUCUCAGAGACUGCUAAAACUUUAUGCAGAUAAGUUUGGAUCAGAAAAUGUGAAGAUGAUCCAAGAUUCCAAUAAGGUCAAUCCGAAAGACUUGGAUCCAAAAUACGCUUAUAUCCAGGUCACAUACGUCACGCCUUUCUUUGACGAGAAGGAGGCUGAGGACAGGAAGACUGAUUUUGAAAUGCAUCACAACAUCAGCCGUUUUGUAUUUGAAACGCCUUUCACGCUGUCAGGGAAGAAACACGGAGGAGUAGAAGAGCAAUGCAAGAGACGCACAAUCCUGACAACCAGUCAUUUAUUUCCUUACGUGAAGAAACGUAUUCAAGUCAUAAGCCAAACAAGCACAGAACUGAACCCCAUUGAAGUAGCUAUUGAUGAGAUGUCCAAAAAGGUUUCAGAACUUAAACAGCUUUGCACAAUGGAAGAAGUGGAUAUGAUUAGACUGCAGCUUAAACUUCAAGGAAGUGUCAGCGUCAAGGUAAAUGCUGGACCAAUGGCAUAUGCCCGAGCUUUUCUUGAAGAAACAAAUGCUAAGAAGUAUCCUGAUAACCAAGUGAAACUUCUGAAGGAAAUCUUCAGGCAGUUUGCAGAAACAUGUGGACAUGCUCUUGAAGUUAACAAACGCCUUAUUAAAGAGGACCAGUUAGAAUAUCAAGAAGAAAUGAAGUCUCAUUAUAAGGAUAUGCUCAGCGAGCUCUCUGUAGUCAUGAAUGAACAGCUCUAUCAUGGUCCAUGCUUAUACAGCUUCUCUUCUUCCUUGUCUAACAUUUCCCUCAAUACUGUUGACAAAAGUGAUUACAUACAAGGAAGAUCCAGCAAAGCCUCAAGGAAUGGAACGAACCUAUUCACGAACCAUCUCUAGAACAAACACAGCCCUCUCAGGAGCAGUGAUAUCAAAUCCUGACAUUUGACUGAAAAAUCUGUGACUUCAUAUAUACCUUUGGAGGACUUUUUUUUUUAAAUGUAAAAAUUAUAAUGAACA